UCAUUCUGUUUCCAAAAAUAUUUGGACGCCGUUUUCGUGGCUUUCUUCACACACGACAGGCAGGUCGAGCGGUCCACUGGUCCGUCAGAAAUCUGCCCGUAGCACUCCGCCCCGGUCCUGGCCCGCCGUCGCCGUCGCCGUCGCGCCGCCGCCAUCCCGCCGCAACUCCCUCCCAAGACUCGGACGGUCUCCCAUCCGCACUCAAAGCCUUCCGAAGCGACGCCGUCGUGUCCCAAGGGCAGCUCCACUUCGCGGCGGCGCUCCUGGUGCUGGUGGAUCUCUCGGUCGGAGCCACGAGCAUGGCGCUCGGCGCCCGCCUCCUCCUGGGCCUCGCGCUGCUUGCGGCCCUUAUCGCCGUUCUCCUCCAGCUCUACCGCCUCAGGAAGCCGAGGUUGUGGACACUGGAGGAGUUGUCGGUAUACAAUGGAACGGAUGAGGGGUUGCCCAUAUUGCUUGGUAUUUUGGGCUCGGUGUUUGACGUCACAAAAGGAAGGUCACAUUAUGGCCCUGGAGGAGGCUAUCAUCACUUUUCGGGCAGGGACGCAUCACGAGCUUUUGUUUCUGGAAAUUUUACAGAUGAGAAGUUCGACAGUGAAAAGCAUCUAUUGCACGAUGCGGACAUUUGCAAGGAGAUGCAACGAAGAAGUAAAACCCAUAGUACAAGCAGGAACAAGUGAUGGGCUGACAGAUUCUUUGCAGGGUUUAUCUAGCAUGGAGGUAAAUAGCAUUGUUGACUGGAGGAAAUUUUACGUUGAGAGAUACAUAUUUGCUGGUAAAAUUGUUGGACGCUACUACGACAGCGAGGGCAAUCCUACAAAAUAUCUGAAGGGUGUGGAGAUGAAGGCAAAAAGGGGUGCUCAGCUUCUUGAGAAGCAGAAGAGGGAGGAAGAUAAAAUACCCAGCUGUAAUUCAAAAUGGAGCGAAGCAGAGGGUGGAGAAGUUUGGUGCGAGACAGGGUACCCAAGGUUAGUGAGGAGGCCGGGCGACAUAGCUCUGACGGGGCAGGUGAGCCAGCGGUGCGCCUGUUUCCAGGAGGGGGAGCUCGGGCGGCCGGGGCUAGUGGUGUACGAAGGCUGUGAUUACCACUCCACAUCGUGCAUAGUCAAGUAGCAGCAGUAGUAGUAGAAUCUACGCCUCUCUUUCUCCAUGCAUGCAGUUUUUUGCCCCUGGCUUUUACUCAUUGUAAUAAUACGGUAGUAAGUAAGCAGAUCCAAAGGCACCAGCCACGCAUCAUGAUGAUCUCUGUGGGUAUCCGGUGCAAUCGUGUUGCUUCUGAAGCCAAGAUAUGCCAUCGAUUGGGGAGGUUACUUGCGGUCAAAUCAUUUCGAGAGCGAGGUGUGUAUACAGGGGAGAGGAGGCCCGGGUGUCCAUGAUGUUCAUGAUAUUCGCAGCUGCCAUGGGGCCUUGGGCCUUGCGUAUCGAUUGUUUGACGCGGUCUGCUCGCUGUGUUCACAAUGCAGUCAAGGAUAUAUGGUUAAGUCAAGUGUACUGUUCA